AUGGCAUUAGGGUUACGAUCGGUAACCGGAGAAUCUGCAAUCGACAGAGAGAAUGGCGAAGAAUUGAUGCGUGUUCAACCCGGCGUCGACAUAGCCCUCGCCAAUCUUCCUCGCGAAUCACCCGGCACUCUUUACAUUACAACAAAGCAAGUGAUAUGGGUUAGUGAUGCUGAUAGGUCUAAAGGAUACGCUGUUGAUUUCUUGUCGAUUUCUCUUCAUGCCAUUUCUAGAGAUCCUGAGGCUUACUCUGUUCCAUGUCUCUAUACUCAGAUUGAAACAGAAGCAGACGAGGAUCUCAAUUCUGACAACUCAGAUUCAGAAGAAUCCACUCGUGUUCAUGACUUAUCCAUUGUUAGAGAGAUGAGGCUCAUUCCAUCUGAUCCAACUCAGUUGGAUUCUCUAUUUCAAGUAUUCUGCGAGUGUGCUGAGCUUAACCCAGAUCCAAAUAAUGAGGAGCAAGAAGAAGAACAUCAUGAUUGGAUUUUCAGUGCUGAUCAGAUGGAAGAUGCAGGAGCAGAGGAUGAAGAUUAUUUAUCUCAUAAUCCAACCAAUACUCUUGGUCAUUCAAAUGGACAUCAGGACCUUGCUCAUAAUAUACUUGAGCUUCAAAUCGAUGAUGAGCGAUUCGAGGAUGCAGAAGAGACUGAGCAUGAAGGAGACAGCCAUCAUCAUUGA